AUGGACACGAAACUUCACCGACCCCGACGCAGCCGCCGGAGAUCCGCUUCCCCGGAAAGUCCCACAUGCGUUGUAAGAGACAGACAUUACUACCUGCAGGAAGCGGAGGAGUUUGGUGCUGAAGAAGAGAGGCGAUCCCGCCUAACCCAAGAGGAAAGGAUGGCAGAGGACGGGCGAAAACUACAACGCCGGCUCGAGCAAGAUGCCGCAAUCACAAUUCUCCUACAGCCGUCCCCGCCAAUACAUAUGAGACGAGCACAUUGCCGGGCAAACGAAUGUUUCAUCACAGAUGCGUCGCCAAGAGGAGAUAGCCUGAUCAUGGGUGAUUACCGAAUUGCCCUUGUGAGCUAUAACCUCGAGUAUUUCCACAUAUUGUGCCUAGAGAAGAUGAUUGAUCUUCCAUUGCUAGCGCCGUCUCGAUUUAAGCUUGACACGGAUAGUUAUUGGUGGAAUAGCGGUUGGCCUUGGGCAUGGGGCCUGAUGUUGCGGAAAUGGUUCCAACAUAGCGGGUGCGUCGACCUCGCCAUAAUUGCAGAAUACAUUGACGCGUACAACACAUUUAAGGCAGAGGUCAAAGCUUUUAGUGUACCUCAUACCGAAUGGCAGCUAACUCACUUAAACCACUGUACUGCCGAUAGAGGAUCUUGCGGCUGUCCGCCCGAGCCGGAAGGGCCAGGAUCAUCGCCAACACUGAAGGACUACAAAACGGGAGAAACCAAGGCAUGCUCCAUCAGUGAGGUCCUUCAACAUCCAUAUGUGGCAAGACUAUCCACGAAUAUCGUUAUCCAGGGUCCCCUCUCUCCUAGCUUCUUGGUGGUCCCAGAGCAGGAAUCAAAGGAGGCUGAGCCUGAUAACGACGAUGGCUCGCACCUCCGGCUGAGGUCCGUAAGCCAGGGUAGCACUUCUACCUCUCGGGAACGACGACGAGCAAAGUAG